AUGCCAAAAUCACCAUUCCUAGUUUUAGGAUCAGCUUCUACCAUCUUCUUUACUCUUCUUACUUUAUCGUUAUUAUGUGCACAAUCAGUUGAUGGUAGUAUUGACCUUGUUUGGAGCCAAAAGAUUGUCACCGUGCAAAAUGAUAUAGAUCCAAGCGUAGCUUUCAAAAUCCAUUGCAAAUCAAGUGAAGAUGAUCUCGAUGAGCGUAUCCUAUAUUACAAACAAAGUUUCUAUUGGAGAUUUAAAGUUAAUUUUAUGCGGUCAACUAAAUUUAUAUGUGAUUCAAGUUGGUAUGAUCCAAAUGAAAAAAAGAACCACACAAUGGAGUUUUUUGCUUACAAAACUAGGAGGGACUAUGACAGACAUUGUUUAGGUGAUUGUUUUUGGAGCAUUCGUCGAGAUGGUGGCUACUAUGGUAACAGUGGAGCAGAUAAAGAUUUUCCGUUUGAAAAGAUGUUUUCUUAUGAAUGA